AUGGCCAGCGAGGAUACUGGUCCGGAUACCCCCAAGAGAGAUGUGCGCAACCACAUCCUCUUUGAGAUUGCUACCGAAGUCGCCAACCGCGUCGGUGGCAUCUACUCCGUCCUCAAAUCCAAAGCUCCCGUAACCACGGCCGAAUAUGGCGACCGAUACACGCUCAUCGGACCGCUGAACCGGGCUUCCGCCGAUGUGGAGGUCGAGGAGUUGACUCCCUCGAACCCCCGCAUGGUGGAGACCAUGAACUCCAUGAAGGAGCGCGGCAUCGAGAUGGUGUAUGGUCGCUGGCUGAUCGAGGGAGCUCCCCGAGUCCUUCUCAUUGACACCAGCACCGGAUACAAGUAUUUGGAUGAGUGGAAGGGAGACCUGUGGAACACUUCCGGUAUCCCGUCUCCUGCGUCCGAUGCCGAGACGAACGAAGCGAUCGUCUUUGGUUACCUGGUCGCAUGGUUCUUGGGAGAGUUUAUCGCCCAUGAACGACGACGCGCCGUCGUCGCCCAUUUCCACGAGUGGUUGGCUGGUGUCGCUCUCCCGCUGACCAAGAAGCGCCAUAUGGACUUGACCACCAUCUUCACAACCCAUGCGACACUGCUCGGCCGGUACCUGUGCGCGGGCUCGGUCGACUUUUACAACAACCUGCAGCACUUCGACGUCGACGCCGAGGCGGGAAAGCGAGGCAUCUACCACCGAUACUGCAUCGAGAGAGCGGCGGCCCAUAGCGCCGACGUCUUCACCACCGUGUCGCACAUCACCGCGUUCGAGAGUGAGCAUCUGCUCAAGCGGAAGCCGGACGGGGUGCUGCCCAACGGGUUGAAUGUUAAGAAGUUCUCCGCGGUGCACGAGUUCCAGAAUCUGCACUCCCAAUCCAAGGAGAAGAUCAAUGACUUUGUUCGGGGUCACUUCUAUGGCCACAACGACUUUGAUCUGGACAAUACCCUCUAUGUCUUCACGGCCGGUCGGUAUGAGUUCCGGAACAAAGGCGUCGACAUGUUCAUCGAGAGUUUGGCCCGCCUCAACCACCGCUUGAAAGCCAGCGGAUCGAAGACCACGGUGGUCGCCUUUGUGAUCAUGCCCGCGCAGACCUCCUCGCUGACCGUGGAGGCGCUCAAGGGCCAGGCCGUCGUCAAGUCCUUGCGGGACACCAUCGAGAUGAUGGAAAAGGGCAUCGGCAAGCGGAUGUACGAGCGUUGCUUGGCUUGGAAAGAGGGCGACAACAUGCCCGAUGAGAAGGAUUUGAUCACCAGCCAGGACCGUGUGCUGUUGCGCCGCCGCCUGUUCGCCAUGAAGCGUCAUGGUCUGCCUCCGAUCGUGACCCACAACAUGCUCAAUGAUAGUGAAGACCCGAUUCUGAACCAAAUCCGCCGGGUCCAGCUCUUCAACUACCCGACCGAUCGCGUCAAGAUCGUGUUCCAUCCCGAGUUCCUGAACUCUUCCAACCCCGUCUUGCCCUUGGAUUACGAUGACUUUGUCCGGGGUACCCAUCUCGGCGUUUUCCCCUCCUACUAUGAGCCCUGGGGCUACACCCCCGCCGAGUGUACCGUGAUGGGCGUCCCCAGCAUCACCACCAAUCUCUCCGGCUUUGGCUGCUACAUGGAAGAGUUGAUCGAGAACUCGGCCGACUACGGAAUUUACAUCGUGGAUCGUCGUAUGAAGGGCGUCGAUGACUCGGUCAACCAACUGACCGACUUCAUGUUCAACUUCACCCAGAAGAGCCGCCGGCAGCGGAUCAACCAGCGGAAUCGCACGGAACGGUUGAGCGAUCUCCUGGACUGGAAGAGGAUGGGAAUGGAGUAUGUCAAAGCCAGACAGUUGGCUCUCAGAAGAGCUUAUCCUUCAUCCUUUGAUGGCACCGAGGACUACUACGAUGUCAUUGGAGGAACGGAACAGAAGCUCUCGCGGCCCCUGUCCGUGCCUGGGUCUCCCCGCGAUCGGUCCGGCGUGAUGACUCCCGGUGAUUUUGCAACGAUCCAGGAAGUCAAGGAAGGGCUGAGCACGGAAGACUACAUUGCCUGGCGUCUACCUAACAGCGAGGAGGAAGAGCCCGAUGACCAUUACUUCCCGUUGACUCUGCGGACUAAGAAGGCUUCGGAUCGACCUUCGUCGCCGCUGGAUAGCAUCUCGAUCAACGGUGGCCGUUGA